AUGAAUUGUCUCAUGAAAAAUAUGAAUAUUUCAGAAAUAAAUGAAAAGCUAGUUGGGGGUGGAAAAGUUGAAGAAUCAAUACAAAAGGAAAAUGACAUAAAAAAAAAAAAAGAACAUAAUACAUCAUUUUAUUAUGAGAUAUAUAACAAAAUUAAUAUUUAUUAUAAAUAUUCUAUCAAUGAAGAGGAAAGAAAAAAUAAAUGCUUUUUGAAAAAUAAGAACCCAUUGACUGAAAUAACAAAAAUUCAAGAUGAGUUAGUAAAUUUUUUUGAUGAAAAUGUUGAAUUAUUUUCGAACCCAUUUUAUUUUUUAAAUUAUGAAGAAGAUAACAAUAUAAAUAAAAAUGAUUUAAAAAAUUAUUUAGGAACAAAAUAUCCAAAUUUAUUAAGUAUUAUGGAAGAUAUAAUAAAAUGCUCAUUAAUAAUAAAUAGGAAUGUUUAUUAUGUAUGUGAUUUGUUUAAUGAUGUUUACAAAAAUCUUGAAAAAAAUAAUAUACACACAGAAAUAAGCAAAACAAUAUAUAUCAAUGAGGUAUUAAAAGAAUGUAUAGAAAAAGAAAAUUUAAUUAUUAUGAUAUUUUUGGAAAUUUUAGGGUAUAUAAAUAGGAAUGAAAAAAUUGGAGUAACAUUAGAUAAUGAUAACAAAUUGAUGAAACAUGAAUAUUUUAGUGAAAAAGAAGAUAAUUAUACAGAUAAUGAAUUAAAAAAAAAUGAAGAAAUAAAAUCAUCAAGUGAUAAUAGUUCAUUAAGUAAUAAUUCAUUAGCUAGUUUGAAUAUUUCUAAAAAAAAAAAAAAAAAAAAUAUUAAUAAUAAAAAAAUAAAUGGAGAUAAAUUUUCAUAUUAUAUAUUAGUUAAUCUAACAGAAAAUGAUUUGAUUGAAAAUAUAUUUUUAGAAAUUGAUAAAAUAAUUAAAUUUUUAAUAAAAUUUGAUGGUAUUUGUGAUAAAUCUGAAUAUGUAUUUAAUUAUAAAACACAUAAAAUAAAUAUAUUAUUUAAUUUAUUAGAUAUAUUAUUUUUAUAUUUUUCUAAAUUUCAUGCAAAUAUAUAUAACAUCUCUUCUAUUUUUAAAUCAAUAAAUCAUCUUGUUUCAACAAAAUAUUUUGAUUUUAUAUCAACAGAUUAUUAUGUCAAGGAAUUAGACAAUAUUUUAUUUUUAGAAUCACAAAAAAAAAAUAAAAAAAUUAUUAAAUAUAUAAAAAAUAUUAAAAAUAGUAAAAUUAUAUCACAAGCUGAUGAUUAUUAUAAGUUAGAUAUAAAUAUAUCAGAUUCGGGUUUAAAUAAACUUGAUGAGUUUGUUGAAAAUGAAUUAAACCCUUCUGUUUAUAAUUCUAUUAAUUUUGAAGAAUCUAAUACGUUGGCAAAAAUAAAUAAACCGUUAAUAUCUGAUAUUGCAAAUUCGCAAAGACAAAAUUUAAUAACUAAUUCGGUUAAUAUUGGAAAUAUGAAUAAUGUGCCUAAUAUAAUUAUAACAGAAUCUAAUGAAAAUAUGUCAAAUAUAAAUCAUAAAACUUCAAAUUUAUUAGAUGUAAAUUUAUUAAACAAAUUUGGUAAUAGUACUAAUAGUAGUAAUAAUAAUAUAGUAACGCCAAAUCAAAUAAAUUCUUCUAAUUUUCAUUCUGAAAUAAAUAAUUUAGUAGGAAAAAAUAGUGGAAAUAUUAUGAUGAACUCUCAAAAUAAGUGUGGAAUAAAAAAUAAUAUAUUUAAUAAAUGUUUAGAUUCUACUGGAUAUUGGUAUAACUGUAAUUGUAGUCUGAAUCAUUUUGAAAAAUCAACACUUACAUUAUCUACACAAAUAAGUUUAUUAUUAAUAUUAUGCUUACACCCAAAUAUAGAUAAAUAUGUAUAUGAAAAAAGGAAAAAUAUAAAAAUAAAUAAUUCCUUAUCUCCAGAUGGUAUUAACAUUAGUGUACAAUCUUCUGGUAAAGAAAAUAUAAAUGAACUAUUAGAAUUAAAAAAUAAAAAAAUAAAUUUUGAAAAUUUUCAAACACCAACAAUAUGGAAAUACAAUUGCAUGACCACAGAAAAAGAUUAUAAACAUUUAAUUGGAAUCAAAAAUAAUUAUAUAAUUAGUGAAAAUUACAUUAGUGAAAAUAUAUCAUAUUAUUAUUUAUUCUUUAGUAAAAUAAGUGAAGCAAAAAAAAAAAAAAAAUAUAAUAAAAUUGAAGAAAAAAAUGUUGAAGAAUUUUGGAAUGACAAAAAUUUUCAAGAUGCAUCUAAUGAUGGAAUCACGGGAUCAUGUUCAUCUGAUUCUAAUAUUUUGAUGUUAAAAUUUGUUAUAGGUUUAUUUAUUAAUAGUAAAGAAGAUAUACUAUCAUCUAUUUUUGAUGAUAAUAUAUUUAAACUAUUGCAUAAUUUUAUUUUAAAAAAAGUUUCAAGUUAUACCUUAAUAGGAAAUUUAAUAUUUCAUUUAUUUCAUAGUAUUUUUUUAUCAUCUUUCAUAAAAAAUGGAAGAACAACAGAUGUAUGGAAUACAUUUAUAGAUAGUCAUAUUAAAAGAGAUUUUAUUUUAAAACGCAAAAAAAAAAUAGAUAAUAAAGAUGGAAAUAUAUCUAAAGAUACUAUUACCAAUUUAAGUAAUAAUAAUAAUAAUAAUGCUACAUCUUUUAUUCAAGAUAAUAUAUUACAAACUCGUCAAAAUUUUGAUGGAAUUAAUAAAAAUACAUCUCAAAAUCGAAUGGGUUCAGAUUCUUUAAUAAAUCGAACGAUUCAGAAUUCUUCUUCUGAUUUAUAUAUCCAUCAAAAUUCAUAUCGUAAUUUACAUAACAAUAUAAUAUACAUAUAUAAAAAAAAAGGCGAAUGUAUAAUAGAUAUAUUAACAUUUUUAAAGAUAUUAUGUAUAAAUUAUCCACGUUUAGUAACAAAAUAUGUAUGUAUUCUGAAAAAUAUAAUAAAUAGAUACCAUUCAAGAAUUAUGGAAUUUUCUGAAAUCGAUGAUACAUUUUAUCAUCAUAAUUUAGAACAGAUUCAAGAAGUAGAUAAUAGUGGAAAUAAAAAUAGUGUUAACCGAAAUUCAAAAAAUGAAUAUGAUAAACAUUUGCAAUUAAAAGAAAAUAAAUAUUAUAAUAUAAAUGAAGAGAGACGGAUGAUAAUAAUGAAAUAUAGAAGUUUAAAAUUAAUUGCAGAAGAUAAAAUGAAAAUUUGUAUCGAUUUUUAUUCAGAUAUUUUUGUUCAAAUUUUAGAUUUUGCAUCUGUUUUAUGUAAUAAUAUAUAUGAUUUAAAAAUAAUUGAAAGUGUUGUUAUGUGUUUUAAAACCCCUUUAACAGCAAAUUUAAAUAUUUUUAAUUUAAUAAAAAAGUUAUUUAAUCAAUUUACUUGUGCUUUAAAUGGAAAAUUUAAUGAAUUUUCGAAAAUCACAAAUAAGCAGCAUAUAUAUGAAAAAACACGUGGAAAUACAAAAUCGGGGGGACCUUUAAAUAACAAUUUUAGCACAAUAGAUGAUGAAAUAAAUGACAUACCAAAUGGUGACAUAACAAAUAAUGCCCAAAUUAAUGGUAAAAAUAGUAGAGAUCUGUAUCGAAACGUAUUCGGAAGAGGUGCAAAUAUUUCAAGUAGCCAAAAUGCAAUAACCGGUUCAAAUAACAAUGCAAAUUUGGUUUCAUCUUACAAAGGUGGAAAUAGCAAAAAUGGAAAUGGUGAAGAAGAAUAUGAAAAUGGAAAUUACAAUAAUGUUUAUGAUGGAAAUGAUUACAGAUAUGAUGAUGAUGAUGAUGAUUAUUGUUCUAAUGCAUAUUUUACAUACAUAAAUUAUUUUAAAUUAAAUUUGUUAGAAAAAUUAUUUGAACAAAAUAAUUAUCUUAAAGAAAUUUUAAAAAAUAAUAAUGUUAUGGAAUAUCUUGAAAAGAAUAAUGCAUAUUUAAGAAAUUUGAUAAAAGAAAAUUAUCUUGUUGAAAAGCAUAUAAAUGAUAAAAAAAUUUUUAAAAAUUAUGCAUCUAAUUUAGAUGCAUAUAAUAAAUUGCUUUCUUAUGAAAAUGAUUACACAGCAUCUGCUAGAGAUGCAAAUAAGAUAUUACAAGACAUUGAACAAAGUAAUAAUAAACUAAAAUUAUUUUUAAAUUUCAAAGGAGUAAAUUCAUUGUUUGGAACCCAAAUAAAUUCUAUUUCAGAUGUUGGUGGUUUGCAAAAUAAUUUAGAUAAUAAUUCAUUACAGAUUCAAAAUUCGAUGUCUAAUUUUUUAGAAAAUUUACUUGAAGAAAAAAAUUGUAUAAAUUAUUUAUUAGCAGAUAAUAAAGUAGCAGAAAAUUUAUUAAGAGAAAAUAAUAUAUUAAAACAUGAAUAUAAUAAAUAUAAUUUGAUAGAUUUGUUUUUUAAAAAUAUAACAGAAGAAAACCAAUUAGAUAAUAUAAAAAGUAUAAUGCUUACUGAAUAUAAUGUAAAUAAAAUAUUAUCAUAUGAAAAACGAUUCAAAAUAUUAAAAACGAAUUUUGAUGGAUCAUAUAAUAAUAAAGAAGCUAUAAAGAUUUUUUUUGAAGAUAAUAAAGAAGCAAUAAAUUUUUUUAAAGAUAAAAAAUAUGACCCACCAAUAUUUAAAGAUGAUGAUUCAAGUUCAUUAAAUGAUAAUAUUAUGAACAGAGCUAAAGUAAUUUUAAAAAGAGAAUUAGAAGAUGAUUCAAAAAGUUAUAUAGAUGCAAGAUAUUUAUUAAAUAACAUUUUUGAAAAAAGAUUCUAUCCAUAUAAUUGUAUAAAAAUGUUAGAAAAAUGUUUGCUUUUUUUAUCAUCAGUCAAUAAUAAUAAAUUAUGUUAUUAUAUGCCUUUAAAUAAAAAUCUAUUAGUAGAUUAUAUUUUAUUAGAACAAUAUGAAAAUACGAAUAUAAAUACAACAAAUAAUACAUCUAUAGAUAUAGAAAAUAUGCAUUUGCAUGAAAAUAAUAAUGUGAAUAAACUAUUUAAUGAUAUAGAUGAAAAGAACCCUUUUAGAGUUAGAAAUAAAAAAUAUAAUAACAUGAUGUCUUUAAUAGAUACACAAAAUUGUAUAAACACAACUCAAUUUAAAAAUGUAUUUAUACAUAAUUUAAGUAUGCAUAAUAAUAAAAUAUCUAGAGACAAACAUAAAAUUGUUAAACAUUAUAAAACAUUACAUCUAUUAGAUAUGUUAUAUGAAAUAAUUAAAACAAAAGGAAAUUCUUCUUUAGAUUUAUUAAAUUUAAAAUGUUUAUCUCUUGAAAUAUUAUGUUCUAGUUUUGUAAAAAAUUCUUCAUCUGCUUUAUCAGUACUUUGUAUUAUCACAAAUAUAUUUCCUGAUCUAUUUAUAGAUGUUGUAAAACAAUUUAAGGAUCAAAAUGAUCAGCUAAAAAAAAAACUUGAUUUUUUUGAUAAAGAAGCAUCUAUUGGAAAUUCAAAAUAUAAAAAAAUAGAGCAAUUAACAAAUAAUUUAUCGGUUCCAAAAAUUAAUCUUAAAAUUAUUAUUAUAUUUAUGAAGUGCGUUAACUUUUUGAUAUAUAUUAUUGGAAUAAAAAGAAAAUUUAAUAUGUCUUUAACAAAAAUAUGGCAUUUUUUUAAUAAUAUAGAUAAAUUAGAAGAAAUUGAUUCUAAAAUUAAAUCAAAAAGAUCAAAGAAUAUAAACACAAAAGCACAAAAUUGUGCAUUUAUUGACAUUUUUUAUAAUUUUGAUGAAUUUUUUGAUGAUUUUGAUAUGGAAAAAAAUAAUGAAGAUGUAGAAAAUUGCCAAAAUAUAAAUAAUAAUAAUCAGCCAUUUGAUAAUAUUUUAAAUAUUGGUGAAUCAACUCAUGUUGGAAAUAAAAAUGUUAUAGAAAGAGAUCGAGAAGAAAAUUCUCAAAAUGUUAAACAUAAUUUAGAACAAGGAAUAAAUAAUAAUAGUACUAUCAGAAGUAAUAACAAUAAUAAUAAUAAUAAAGAAGCAAAUCCAAACGAUUUUGAAGAUAAUGAAAAUAACGAUAUAUAUGAAAAAUGUUUAAAAAAAAAAUUAAUGAUAGAAGAUGAUGAUAAAAAUAUAUGCAAACAUUUAAUAAUUUUAACUAACUAUAUUGUUCAGAAUAUUUUUUAUAAUUUAAUAAAUAAUUUUAUUUUAAAAAAAAUACGGGAUCAAAAAUAUGAGGCAGAAGAUUUUUUAGAUGAAAAUAUUAAGUUGGAAAUUUUUAUGAAUAAACAAGAAAAUUCAAUGUUUAAAAGAAGAUAUAAUUAUUAUAUUAAUAAAUCUAAAAAUAUUGAAUCGCAAAUUACUACAAUGCAAAAUGAUGUAAAUACUAAUACAUCUAACAUAUAUCAAAUUGAGCAAGUUCUUAGACAGAACAAUAUAACUUUUGAACCAUAUAUAAAUUCUCAAAAAAUGUUUGAUAAAGCUUUUUCACCAAAUUUGAGUGGAAAUUUGAGUGGAAAUUUGAGUGGAAAUUUGGGUGGAAAUUUGGGUGGAAAUUUGAGUGGAAAUUUGGGUGGAAAUUUGAGUGGAAAUUUUGGUGCAUCUAUUUCUGCAAAUUCUUUGAACCCGUUUUCAACCAAUCUUGGGAUCGGAUCAUCUACAUCUCAACUAGCCACAACCCCAAUACCUUUAGGAAAUUCUACUAACAUAUCUUUGUUCAAACAAGAUAACAAAGGAACGAAUUUUUCAACCAUGUUUAAUAGUACCAAUACACAAACUAAUAUAUUAAGUGAAACAUCAAGAACUAGUUUAAAUAACACACCAACUCUUAGUACAUCUAAUUUUAACAAUUCUACUAAUUUCUUGAAUCCAUCUCAAACAAACACUCCAUCUCAUUCCAUUAUGGAUUCUCAAAGAACCAUGUUUGCAUCUACAUCAAGGUUACUUUCACCAUCUCAAGAAACACUAGGAUUAAAUACUUCAUCUAAUAAUAAUACAAUUCGUGAUGCAUCUAAUUCUUCUUUAUUUAAUGCACCCACUUCUUCCAAUAAUAAUAAUAUGUUCAAGCCACAAACUGGACUAAAUAUGUUUUCAUCCUCCAAUUCAGGAACAAAUACAUCUACUCUAUUUUCAACUCCCCAGUCAAAUACAACAGGACUGUUUGGCGGUUCGAGUUUGGGAAGUGCUGGCUUGGGAAGUGCAGGGUUUGGAAACAAUAAUUCUAAUAUUAAUGAUUCUAGAAGUAGUAGUAGCAUAUUUGGAUCGAAUAUACAAGCUAACAAAAAUAAUUCAAGUGUGUCAUCAUUUGGAAGCAUGUUCAAUCAAACAUCAAGCACAUCUAAUACAGGUACUAAUUCUUUAGGACUAAGUGGUGGAUUUGGUUUGGGUUCAAGACCAGGAAUGAAUACAAGUAAUAAUUUAUUGUUAAAUAAUAUGGAUUCUAAAAAUAGUCAAUUAGGAGGAACACUUGGUGCAUCUACCAGUACAUCUCUUUUUGGAGCAAAUAGAAGUAACUCAACCUUAACAAAUAAUACAGUAUUUUCUAGCACCACAAAUACAAAUAGUUUAUUGAAUCCAACUAGCCAAAAUAAUAACAGUUCUAAUAUAUUCAACAAGAACCCAUUAGGUACAUCUAACACGAUUUCAAAUAAUAGUAAUUUAUUUUCGUCACCAACUACAUCUACCUCUUUAUUUGGUUCAAAUACAACCCCCCAAACAUCAUCAUUUGGAAGUGCAACAAACAAUAUGACUCAAGCUACAUCAUCAUUUGGAAACGCAACAAAUAAUAUGAAUCAAGCUACAUCAUCAUCUUUAUUCAAUAACUCUUUUGGAUCUCAGCAAAACAAUGUUACAUCUAGUAACAAUUUGUUGGGUCUAUCUUCAAAUAAUUUAACAUUAACAGGACAGGGAAUGAAUCAACACUCAUCUCUAUUUAGUAAUAAUAACAUGGGUUUUUCAAAUAACUUAAUGGGAAGUAAAGGAAAUAAUUCUUAUCUAUUUGGAAAUGAAACUAAUCAAAAUAUUAUGAACAAUAAUACAAGUUUAUUUAGUACAGGAAAUAUUUAUUCACAUCUAGGAAAUGAACAAAAUAAUUUACAAAAUAUAUUAAAUAGAGAAGGUAUUAACAAUAUAAAUAAAUUAAAAGAAUAUUAUGAAAAUUUAAAAAUAAAAACAAAUGUAUUAAAUGCUGAAAUAUAUAAAAAUAAAAUAGAAUUAAAAAAAAAUGAAUAUAAUUUACAAAAAGAAAAAAAAAUCCAAUUUAUAAAAGAAGCAAAAUUAAGACAUAUGAAAUCUAAAUCAGAUAUAAAUUUUAAAGAAAAAGAAAUGUAUAUAUUAAUAAUUUUAGUUUUUAUGUAUUUUAGGUUAAUAUUAAAAGGUCCAUUGCCUUUCACAAAAAAUAAUCAGAAACUAAAUAAAAUAAUGAAUGAAAGAUUUGACUAUUUAUGUGAUUUUAGAUCAACUAUGUAUUUAUUUGAACAGAUUCUAGGAGAAUCAAAUAGAUUUUUAAAUAUAUUUUUUAAUGUAAUAUUUUUAGAUAAUAUAUUACAUGAAUAUAAUAAAAAUUUAGAACAAAUUAUAUCAAAAUAUAAAAAUCAUUCAGAUUAUAUAACUAUAUGUAAUAAGAAAAAAACAUUGUUUCGAACCGACAUUGGUGAGGAAAAUGCCGAGAAAGCUGGCGAAGCCACCAUUUCAGCUCAAUUUAAAAAUGGAAAAGAUUCAGCAAAUGGAAAAGAUGCAACAGAUGCAAGCGCGACCGACAACUUAUUUACCACACUGACACCCGAAGCUUAUUAUAAAAAAAAGAUGGAAUAUAUAAUUUGUUCAUAUUCCAAAGAAAGCUAUAAUAAUGUACUUUUCCAUAAAAUCAAAUCUUUAGGGUUAAGCAUUUUAAAGAUAUUAUUUGAGCGUGAUGUUUUAUUUAUACAUAUGUAUAAUCAGUGGAAAAAUGAAAAAAUAUUAUAUGAAAAAAUUAAUAAAUUUCAUUUAAAUUUUAAUUCUAUAAAUGAUAAUGUAACGUUAAUAAAUAAUAUGACUAAUACAAAUGAUUCUACAUCUGAAUCUAUUUUGAAUAGUAACAAUAAUAAUAAUAAUAAUAAUUUUAUUGCUUCAAAUUUUAAUGACAUAAAUUCAAGAGGGACUGAACAAAUAAGAGAAGGGUUAGAUGCAGGUACAUCUACUGGUACAGAUGGAAAAGAUAUAAAUUUCACAGAAUCAUUAUGUACACCUAUAUGUGUACAUAAUUUUUUGUUUAAAAAUAUUAAUAUAAAUUCAAGUACUACUUAUUUAAUUUUAUUAUUAAAAAACUUUUUUCGAACUAGCGAAAUUAACAAAAUAAUUAUAUAUUUGAUUUUACAAAUUAUUGUAAGAGAUACCAAAACAACAAUAAAUAUAUUAAAAAGAGAUUCUGAAUCAUUUAAUUAUUUAAAAUAUGCAUUAAAAAUGAUUUUUAUAUAUAAUUUAAAUUACCAAAAAUUUAAUAAUUCAUAUAUUAUGUCAAAUAGAGAAAUAAAAAUGCAAAAUAUUUUGAACAAUUUUAUUGACAUUCCUUUAAUGUAUUAUUUAAAAAAAAAUAAUAAUAUAAAAAGAAGUGAUUCUAUGAUAAAUAGUCGAAAAAAUCAAGAAUUUUGUGAACGAAAUAAAAAAAAUUCAAUAUCAGGAAAUGAAGUUUUAAACACAUCUAACUGGUUAUCUUACAUCAAUAAGUAUAGCAAUGGAAGUAAUGAAGAUGAUAUAACUUAUCGAGAUGGAAAAAACAAAUCGAAUCUGAGCAAAUCAGAUAUAACCAAAUCAGAUAUAACCAAAUCAGAUAUAAACAAAUCAGAUAUAAUUUUGAAAACGAAAAAAGAUGGAAAUUAUUUAUUUGAUGGGAUAAUGGAAGAAGGAAAGAAUAGCACAAAUAGUUGCUCCGAUAGUACAUAUAACAGUUAUAGUAGUGAUAUAAAUAAUUUAGAAAAUACGAAAAAUACAACAUUAAAUUAUAAUUUAAGAAAUGAAAUGAUACUAAAAUGUAAAAAUUUCAAAUUUAAAAAUUCAAAAAAAAAUAGAUCAAAAUAUGUAUAUGAUUACUUAUCAUAUAAUGAUGUAAUAGAUACGAUAAAAAGUAAAAAAAUUUGUGUUUUUUAUGAUAAUAAAGAAAAAGAUGAAGAUAAUGAUAAUAUAACAUUUUAUAAUUUAUCAUCAGAAAAUAUAAAUGAUAAUUAUUCAAAAAAUGAUUAUCAUAAUGAAAUCAAAUCAAUUAAUUAUGAUAUAACAGGUUUUUGUAGCUGUUACAAUUUUUUACCAAUAAAUAAAUUUUAUACAGAAAAAUAUGAUUUUAUAGAAAAUGAAUUAGUUUAUAUUAGUGAUUUGAAAUUAUAUUUUUAUGUCAAAUCGUUUAAAAGACAUUCUUAUUUUACUAAACUUUUGAAUAUCGAAAAGGUCAGUCCUACAUCUGAAAAUGGGAACGAUAAUGAAAAUGGGAACGAUAAUGAAAAUGGGAACGAUAAUGAAAACGAAACAAUACAAGAUCGAAAUCGUGAAGGAAAGGAUACAAAAUUUCGAACUAAUAAUAAAAUAGAAUCAGAAAAUGAACAAACUGAUAUAAAUAAAAUUGUAGAAGAUGAAAUAAAAGUAUUCGAUUUUUACAAUAAAUUAAAUAAACUUAAUGAGAAUAUGUUAUUUCCUAACAUCUUUUAUGAUAAUAAAAUAGAUAAAAUGAAAUAUAUAGAAUAUAUAAAACAGAUUGGGGAAAUGGAACGAAAAGAAAAUUAUGGAAAAUAUAAAAAAAAUUUAAACCCAUUAAAUAAUAUAUUAAAAAAAAAAAAAAAUGAAAUUGAAAAACAAUUAUCUAUAGAAUUACAAAAAAAAUAUAUACAUAUAAAUAAUGAAUAUUGUGAAUGGAUAGAAUUAAGCCAUUUAUUAAAUGUAGAUAUAGAUUAUAAUGAAAUAAGAGGUGGGUUAUAUAAAAAUAAUAAUAUUUUUAAUAAUUAUAGUAGAAUAACCAUUACUAAAUUAAUUUUAUAUUUUUAUGAAAUUAUGAUUCGAAAAUUUAUAUUCUUAAAUGAUUCAGAUCCAUUAAUUGAAAGUUGUGUAUUAUCAUUAUUAGGUUUAUCUUUUACACCUUCCAAACAAAUAGAUAAAAAAAAUAUCAUAACAAAUAUAGAAGAAUCUUUAGAAUUAGAAGAAAAUUGUUUCUUAAAUUUGCUGAUAAAAAAUAUAGUUAUAAAUUUUUCGAAUUAUGAUCAUAUAUCUGAAACCAUUCAAAUUGGUUACAAUAAUGAUAGUGAUAAUGUUAUUGAAAGUGGUGAAGAAUAUAGUCAAAAAAAAAAAAAAAAACUAUUAAUAAAUGAAAAAUUAAAUAAAUUCGAAUUUGAAGAUGAAGAGGAAAGCGUUUUAGGAAAUUACACAAAUGAUAAUGAUAAUGAAAAUGAUAAUGAAAAUGAUAAUGAUAAUGAAAAUGAUAAUGAAAAUGAAAAUGAUAAUGAAAAUGAAAAUAAAUUUUUAAAAAAUUCCAGUUUAUAUAAAAUGGGGUCCGGGUUAAGGAACGAAAAUUCAAACAUGAUAUUUUUGAAUAAAAAAAAAAAAGAUUAUUAUAAAAAAAAUAUAUAUUUAAAUAAUUGUAAUAAUUUAAAACAAUAUAAUACAUUUGAAAAAAAUAUAUAUUUUAUUAAAAGCUUAAAUAUUAUAUAUAUGUUAUCUAAAAAUAAAAAAAUAAAAGAGUAUAUAAUAAAUUUAAUAAAUACAAUGUGGCAUAAUAAAUAUAAUGUCUUUUAUUAUAUUACCCAAAAUGUAAAUAUUGAAAAAUUAAAAGAUACAGAAAAAAUUAUUUUUUUUAAAAUUUCGUUACACAUUUUAAAUAUUUUUAUUCCAAUAUUAGAUUAUAUACUAAAUAAUAUAGAUAAAUAUGUUGACAAAUUUAUUAAUUUAAGUUUCCCAAACGAAAAAGAAGAUAAUAAUAAUAAUGUAGUAUCGAGUAGUUCCGAAUUUGGAAAUAAAAAUAUAGGUUCACAAACAUAUUGUAAUAUAUUUCAAAUAAUAAAUAAAGAAAAUUUUGAUGAAAAAAAAAAUUUAUUUGAAUUUUUAAAUCCAUUAUUCACAUUUGAUAAUGCUCAAAAUUUUAUAAAUCAUUAUAUUAAUAUUGUAAAAGAUUAUAACGAUAACUAUUUAAAACAUUAUAUUUAUCAUUAUUAUUUAUUUAAUUAUAAUUUUGAGUUUCAAAAGAUUUAUAAUUAUUCAAAUAUAGAACAUAUACAUUAUAUAAAAACCAAUAAAAUAUAUAACAAUGUGAAUAAAAACUGUUUUGACACUAAGAGUAAAAUAAAUGAAUAUAAUAAAAAGAAUGUGCAUUUGCUAUAUACAAAUAUAAUAAAUGUGUAUGUUAAUUUUUGCAAAAUACUGAACAGUUAUAAGGGUAGCAAACGUGGCGGUGCAAAUUUCAGUUAUGUGGAAACUCGCGAUAAUGAAAAGGAUGGUAAUGGCGAUAGUGAUAGUAAUAGUGAUAGUGAUAGCGAUGGUGAUAGUGAUAAAAUAGCAAAACCGACAGAUGUAGAAAACGAAAAUGGAUUCAAUUUUGAAAAUUUGCAUGAAAUAAUAGGAAACAAAUCUUAUCUAUUAAAAUUUUUAGACGAUUAUUAUAUAAAUGAUGAAAUAUCAAAAAAAAAAAAAAAAGAAUAUCUUGAAAAAAAUGUAUAUAUUUAUAAUAGUAUAAAUUAUUUAAACAUAAAUUAUAAAAAUUGGCUACUUGUUUAUAAAACAUAUAUAGAAAAAAUAACAUAUUUAGUAGAUUUAAUUUUAAAAAUAAAAAAUAAUACCAUAAAAAAAAAAAUAUAUUAUUUGAAAAAUUAUUUUUAUAUAGUAAAUAAUAUACAAAAACAUUUAAAAAAUAUAACAAAUAUAAUAAAAUCAUCAUAUUAUAUAAAUUUUAACAUUCAGAUUACUCCUAUUCUUUUUAUUGUCUAUUUAUUUAUAACUAUAUUUUUUUUAUCACAUAAUAAUAAAUUUGCUUUUAAAUAUUUUUCUUCUAUUAACAAAGGUUUUAAUAAUUUAUUUAAAGGAAAAAAUAUGCUUCAUUUUAGAGACGCUCAAAAUGGUGAUGACGAAGAUGGUGCAAAUAAUAAUGAAAAAGAUGAUACAAAUAAUAAUGAAAGAGAUGGUGCGAAUGAUAAUGAAAGAGAUGAUACAAAUAAUAAUGAAAAAGAUGGUGCGAAUAAUGUCAGUUUGGGUGCCGAAAAAAAAAGCGGUUCUAAAAAAGGAAACGAACCAGAUGCACAUCUAUAUGAUAAUGACGAAUUUAAGAUUGAUCAUUUAAAAUAUAACAAAAAAUUGAAAAUGUCAUCUGUUUUUUCUAAACAAAUAUUAACAAAAGAGUUUCAAAAUAAUAUAAUAAACAUUCCAAAAACAUAUAACCAAAUUUUUAAUUCAAAUAUGGUUAAUAAUUUUGAUAAAAAAACCAAAACAAGAUAUAACAACAUUAUUAGUUCAUCUAUACAUCAUAAUGAUCGAAUAGAUGCAUUUUCGAAUCUACAAAAAGGAGAAUUAUAUAGAUCUGGUUUUUUUAUUAACAAUGUUUAUAAUGAUAAUAAUGAUAGUAACAAUGAUCAUGUGAAAAAUUCAGAUGAAGAUAAAAUAUAUUAUGAUAUACAUAAAGAAUAUUAUAAAUUAAUUUUAAAAAGUGGUGAGUUUUUUGGGAAUAUAUUAAAACUGUUAAUAGUUUUAAUAACAAAAAAACAUCCAGUUUUAAAUAAAUAUACAAUUAUAUAUAUAUAUGAAUGUUUAUAUACAUUAUUAAAUAUAUAUCAUUAUAGUUAUAAUUUUUCUGAAAAAGAAUAUAAUUCCCAAAAUAAUAAAAAUAUGUUCAUAUCAUUAAUUAAAAAAAUAGAUCAAAAUAUAUUAAGCGAAUUUAUUAGUACACUAUUUACCGAUUCAUAUAAGAACUUUUUUACAAAUAACAAUUCAACUAUCCCAAUAUAUUUUUAUAAUAAUAUAUAUAAAUUUAUAGAUUAUAAUACCGAAAUAUUUAUGAUAAAAAAGCGUGGAGAAUUACCUGAUAAUGCAUCUAUUUUAGAAUCACCAAAUCAAAUGAAAAUGAAUGAUUUAAUAGAUUCAGAUAAUAGUGAUAUAGGAAACUAUUUCAUAAAUAAAGAACAAAUGUAUAUGAAUCAAAAAAAACAAAAAAAAAAAAAAAAAAAAGUUCAUUUUGAAAAUACAGAACCUACCAACAUUAUUAAUGUAAACACAAAUGAAAAAGAUUCAGGAAUUAUAAAUUUAAAAUUUAAAAAUAAUUUUGAAAAUAAAAUACAAUUAAGUAGUACGAGUUUAAAUCUAUAUGAAGAAAUAUAUUGUAGUAAUUUUUUAUAUAAUCAAAAUGAUUUGAAUUUGCUUAGUAUAAAUUUAUUAAUAUUUUUAUUAACAAAAAUAGGUAUAUAUGAAAUUGAUAUAAAAUUUAAUGAAAAUAAUAUAAAAAAUAUAAUAAAAGGAAAUUUAUUUAUAUAUGGUGAUAAUUUUACAAAUGAAAAUGAAAAUAAAAUAUUACAUACAUGUUUUUUAUUAAGUGCAUUAUGUGACACAUCAUAUAUAAACGAUUUUAUUUCUCAUGAUGAUUUAUUCAGUUUAUUUUUAAAUAGUAAUAUAUUUAAUAAUUUACAAGAAUAUAAAUUUAAUUAUUUAUCAAGCAGUAUAUCUUUUUUAACGUUUCCUACAAAUUUUCUUGAAAAUAAAAAUAUAUAUAUACCACUUCCAAUGUUGGUUAUAUCAUAUAUUACUGUUAUAUUAAAAGUUAUAGAUAAAAAAGGAUUACACUUAUUUAACAUAAUUGGAAAAUGGAUAAAUAUGAAUAUCAAUAUUUUUACAAACUAUUUGAUUGUUAAUAAUUAUCUUAUGAAAUCAAAUGAAAUCACACAUGAAAUAAAUAAUUUUACAACAUAUAAUCACAAUCUUGUAUAUAAAUGUUUGUGUUAUGCAUCUACCUGUAAUUUUACGCGACAGUCCCCAAAUAGGCCCGUAAAUGUGUCUAGUGCAUCUAAAAUGGGUGUGAAUAAAAAUAAAGAAAAUAGUAUGAACAGUAUGAACGAUGUGAACGAUGCGAACGAUGCGAACGAUGCGGAAAACUUAAUAAACCAUGCGAACGUCAAACUUGUUAACUUAGACAUAAUAUAUUCAUGUACAUAUUAUCUACUAAGAUUGUAUAAAAAUUAUCUUUUAUAUAUACAUCAGAAUUAUUUAAAUUUAAAAAAAUUAAAAAUAGUUGAAAAUAUGAAUAAAAGAAAAAAUUUCAAGUCAAAAAAAGUUAAAAAAAAUUUAACAUAUAUGGAAAAAAAUAUUAUUAAUAAAAAAGGAAAUAUUGAAGAAACAAAUUUAUCUAACAACAUAAACAAAUCUAUUAACACAAUUAGUGAUGGAUAUAAUAUAUACAAUACGAUGCCGAUACAAAAAGAAAAUUAUAUUAGAAAUAACGACGGAAAUAAUAGCGAAUUUGAAAAUAACGAAAGUUCAGAUGAUGAUGAAAAUAACGAAAGCUCAGAUGAUGAAAAUAGUGAAAAUUCAGAUGAUGUAGAUGUAGAUAUUCGAGAAAUGGGUUCUAUAAAAAAUAAUUUUUCUAAUUUAAUAAAUUCUGUAUAUGAAAAUAAAAAUAGUCAAUUUGGUAUUGGAAAUUAUAAUGAUAAAAAUGGUAUUAAUAAUCAUUUUGAAAAUAGUGAUAAUAAUAAUAAUGGGUUUGUUGGAAAUAACAAUUUUUAUAUAGAUAAAGGAAUCAACUUUGAGUUUAACGAAAUAUCAUUAAAUAUAUGUAACAUAAUAAAAGAGCAUACAUAUAUACUCCAAUAUGUUAAAGAUCUUUUAAACAUUUUAUCUAUCUUUGUUGUAUAUAAUAUAAGUUUGAAAGAUGAAAAUGAAUUAAUAACAAAUAAUAUGAAUAAUAAUAAUAAUAAAGAAUCACAAAGAGACCAUUACAUACAUCUUAAAAGCGAUAAUAAUAAUAAUAAUAAUAAUAACAACCAUGUUGGAAAUAAUAACCAUGGUGAUGAAAAUAAUUAUAAUUUUGAUACAAAAGAAAUGAAAAGGAAAAAUAUAAGAACACAUCGAAUAUUACAAAAUAUAAUUCCAAAAUAUUCUAUUAAAUUUCAUUGCAUUAAUUUAUGUUUGGAUAUAAUUGAAUAUGAUAUAGGACUAUAUGAUGACUAUAUACAACAAUAUAAAACAAAAUAUUUCGAUUAUAUUAAGAUUGUUUUAAAAGUAUUUAUGAAUGCAUCUUUUUAUUACAUUAAUGUGAUUAAAUAUGAUAAUAGGCAUAUGUUAAAGAGUGUAUCUAUGGCAAUGAAAAAAUUAACUAAUAUUAUAUUUUUUUUAUUAAAAAAUUUAACAAGAAAAGAAAAAUCAAAUGAUGAUGAUGAUAAAACAAAACAUGCUUUAAUAAAUAAAUUUUUAUAUGAUAAAAAUGGAUUUAAAAAAAAUGCACAUGAAAUAACAACAGAAUUAUUUAAUUGUGAUGAUAAUAUUUUUAAUGAUAAAAAACCAUCUUUAGAUAAUGUUAAAAAAUUUUUAGAAAACACAGAAAUAGAUAUUCAUGUUUUAAAAAAAAUAUUAACAUGUAUUAUUUAUUUUACUUUUGCUAUCUUAAAUAAUCAAAAGGUUAACAAAAUUAAUAUCGAAAAUAUUAAUCUUAAUCAUAUUAAUAAAAUUAACUUAAAAAAAAUUGCAAAUACAUAUUUGGAAAAUAACAAUAUAUUAAAAGUUUUCACAUUUAUAUUACAAAGAUCCACUCAAAUUUAUUAUCUUUUGUAUAACUAUGCAACACAAUCAUAA